CAUGGUUUACAAUUGGUCUGGUUUUCAGACUAGACGUUCUUGAAAAUUUUCCAAGAUUUUCAAAUAUUUCCACUGGAGAUUAAGGAUUAUUCUGUAAACUUCUUAUCGCUUUUGACCCGCAUUCGAUAUACAAAAUCCCCUUGUUUCACCAUUGAUGUUGCCAAAAAAAAAAAGGGAAAACGAGUAUCAACGAAUCGUUAUCGUUGUUAUUGUUUCGUUUGCGAUUGGCAGAGCCUUCUUAUCAGUUAGUCGUCAGGCCAGGCCCCAUAAAAGUGACCAGCCGGCAAUUGAACGCAAAGGUGCCGUAUUUACGACCCAAUAUAGAGUCUCCCCAUCCAUUUGCCUAUAUAUACCAGUUCCGAUUAUUGUCGCAUUUAGCAGUAUUCAGCGAGCAGUUAUCGACGGAGGUCCUAGAACGAGUUUAUAUUGCAAUGUCCCAGUCAGUGAAGACGGAAACACCCAAGGAACCAAAUGGUUCGCCUGCAAAAGCGGUCAAUGGAAAGUUGGAAGCCCUCAAGAGACCCAGACAUGUUUCUGGAGGCGUUGAGGAAAUCGUGGAUCCCUUCUGCGAUCCAGAAAAACCACAACGUAUAUCCUUCCACGAUGUCACCUCGGCUGCAUUUCUCAUUCGCGGCGGAGUGGAGAGAACCCCUUGUCCGAAAUCCACAUCAUCCGAUCUGUAUGGCAUGGACUUGUAUUUGAAAAAGGAUUUCCUGCAAUACACAGGCAGCUUCAAGGAGCGUGGCGCACGCUAUGCUUUGCUAUCAUUAACCGAGGAGCAGAAGCGAACCGGAGUCAUCAGUGCCUCCCUGGGAAAUCACGCCCAGGGUUUGUGCUACCAUGGCUGGAAACUCAAUAUCCCAGUCACCGUGGUGAUGCCCAAGGCUGCUCCCAUUAUGAAGAUCCAGAAGUGCAGGAACUACAAGGCCAGGGUAAUUGUCGAUGGAAACGACAUGGGCGAGGCCAAGUCCCUGGCCAUGCGAAUGUCCCGCGAGGAGGGUCUACUGUAUGUGAAUGGCUACGAUCAUCCACAUAUUAUGGCUGGCCAGGGAACCAUUGGACUGGAAAUACUCGAACAGGUCCCGGAACCGGAUGCUGUGGUGGUACCAGUUGGAGGAGGUGGACUGAUUGCCGGGGUAGCCACUGCUGUGAAGGCAUUGUCCCCCAAAACCAAGAUAAUUGGUGUGGAAUCGGAGAAAUGUGCCAGCUUCACUCGUGCCAUGGAAAACAAUGGACCCAUCCACACUCCCAUUAAAAAUACUUUGGCUGAUGGUUUGGCCGUUCCCAAAGUUGGCUAUAAUGCCUAUGCCACAGCAGUGCCACUAAUUGAUCGCAUGGUGGUCGUUUCGGAGGAGUGGAUUGCCGUGGCCAUCCUUCGAUUAGUUGAGGAGGAGAAAUGUGUGGUGGAAGGAGCUGGUGGUGCAGGUUUGGCUGCUAUUUUGGCAGGACACCUCGAUGAACUCAAGGGAAAGAAAGUUGUGGUUUUGCUGUGUGGAGGAAACAUAGACACCACAGUUUUUGGACGCUGUUUGGAGCGAGGAUUGGCCGCCGUGGGUCGUCUGGUCAAGUUCAAUGUGGAGGUCAGCGAUCGUCCCGGUGGAAUCAACGAUCUGUGUGCCCUGCUGGUUCGGAUAGGAGUCUCCAUCAAGGAUAUUAUGCACGAGAGAGCCUGGCUGAGGGAUGUCUACACUGUGGAAGUGAAAGUCAUUUGCGAAACCGUCGACUGGAGCCACAGUUUGGAGCUGAAGAACGAGCUGAAGAAGUUCUACUCGAAGGUUCAGUUCUCCGACGUUCCACUGGCCCUCACCAACGAUCCCGCCGAAUCGUAGAUAACUCCUGUAUAUAGUAUAUAGUACACAUAUGAUUUAUUCACUUCAGCAGCGCAGCAGAACCUAAAGCUUUAACUUAGAGCUUAGUUGUAUAAGUGUAAACAUAAUCGUAGUCGAAGUAGAAAUGUAAAUUAGGUGUAAAUAAAUAUACAUAAAAUACAAAGUCUAAACACAAAUUGA